AUGUCUUAUGCCAAUACUACCAAGGUUUGUGACCAUUUAUCACUAGGUGUAUGCCAUUGUACAUCAACAACAACAAUUGGUGAGGCAAAAUCCAUUGAUUCUUCCACCAAGAGGAAACUUGUGGAACAAGCAACUGAUGGUGCAACAAAGAAGAUAAUCAAUGAUAAGGCUUGGAAGAUCAGGAAAGUGUUGAAAAAUAGUGAUGUUAACCGUUCGAGUAGAUUGUUGCUGGGUAAAACAUUGGUUGAGGAUUUCAUGUUGCCUGUGUUGGGUGUUAAUGCUAUGAAAGAAGAAGAAGAAAUUGAAGUUAAAAUUUGUGAUAUCUACACGAACUCCUCCGUGCACUCUCUCAAACUCAAGAGAUGGUGUUCAGGAAGCUAUGUUUUAAAGGAAGGAUGGGCCAAAGGUUUUGUUGCUAGAAAGGGAUUACAAAAAGGGGAUGAGAUUGGCCUUUGUUGGAAUCAAUACAACCUACACUUCGAUUUCUUUGUUCUUUCGUCCAAUAAGAAUAAGACACUGGAUUUAACAAACUAUUCAAUAACGGAAGUGUGA